AUGGGAGACGUCAUCCUCGUCGCCGUCGAGCGCGAAGGUGGCAUCAAGUGGGAGCCGAGGGAGGGGAUCGAGGCCGCGAGCAGCCGGGAAGCGAAGCGGCGGCAGGAAGGCGACGAGGCGCAGUGGCUGCGCAAGCAGGAGCACGCCGUGGUGAGCGCGCGCGUCGCGGAGGCGAAGGAGGUGGAGAAGCGCGAGAGGGCGCGCAAGGCGGCGAUGCUCGGGUCCGACUCGGUCUACCGCGGGCAGCGCUCACGCGGCCCGCUGGCGGCGCGGGCUGCCGGGAUGCACACCUCUGCGCCCAGGCAGUACGCCUUUAUCAAGGAGUCGCUAAACGCCCUCGAGGCGGCGCACGCCGCGAAGGAGCAUGCGGCGCGGCAGGAGCAGUACGAGCGGAUUCGGAGGCGGCACAAGGAGGAGUUCAAGCGGCUCGCGCUGCAGCGCAAGGAGCGCGCGGCGUCCGAGCUCGCGGAGCAGAAGGCUCCGAUGCAGCAGAAAAAGGAGGAGAAGGACCGACCUCUGGGCGGCGGCGCCGUUCGGCCGACGGGGCCAGCCGUGCGGCGCCCG